AUGGCCAGGCCACAUUGUUGUUGCUCUCAUGCUGGUCUCAGCAUGCUUGUGGUCCUUCUUUUUAUCAAUUUUCUUUGCGCGUCAGGUGCGGUUGUGCGCUUUAGGGGCAGUGUCUACCGCGGCCUUGCUGAAGAAACACUGCGCAGGGGUGGUUCCACACUCGUGGUCCGGGCUGUGUCUCCGGUGUUUAAGGGGUACGAAAAGGCUCCUUUACGGAGUCUGUUGACGGAGAUGCUCUCUGUGAGCUAUGUGGUGGAUGAAGAAGGGAUUAAGCGGGAGAUGCAGGGCAACUCCAACUCGUGGCUGCGGCAACUCCCACAGUUGAUGGAGCAAAGCUGCAUUGAGGUGGAGGACAAUGGAUGUACUGUACGACUUACCUUCCACCCGCUUCCGGACUGUGUUGUGGAGGAGUUACUGCUCGUCGUGCCUUGCUUACCGCCGAGCAUUGCUCAGGAACUCAAUUUGUCUAGUGAGGGCGAGGGGGGCAAGAACUGCCAACCGGGGGAUGCGUUUGCCAUCACUCCCAAAACUUUACUUCGGGUAGAUGCGGAUAGGAUUGCACGGAUGGCCCCAACACAAUAUAUCACCGGGAAUAUAAUUGAGAUACCAUUAGUGAGGGGUAACGUUGGGGGAUUUGGUCCAAGAAUAAAGGUCAUGGAAGGUUGCAUGUGUACCAACGCCGUUAGUGCAUUGAUUAGCGGGAGUGGAUGGGAUGAUGAACAUCGGGUAUUUCGUUUUAUUGCACAUCGCGGCGGGUUGGUCACACUUUGCUAUAUGCCAUUUCCAGAAACAUUGCCUCAUGUGAUGCUAGAAAUGGGUGAGUCAAUAAAUAUUGCAGGCCCAGAAGGGGUUUCAACAGAGCCUCUGCAAAUUCGUCCUGGUGCAGAGUUUACGGGUCGUGUCUAUGGUACCAAUCUCUCUGAACAUGAUGUACUCAUGAUUACCGAACAGUCAUGCAAUGAAUUCGCUGUGGACCAAAUUAUGUUACCAGAAUUUUCUCUUUCUAGUAGUACUCGAGCUUUUUUCUUUGGCACCUUGAAGGAGGAAGGUCUCUACCACGUUUGUUACCGUCGUGAAGGGUCUGCCCAGUAUAUUAAUUUGGCAACAAUAUUGGUGGAAGGGGGAGACGAUGCUGUGACUGAGAAAAUAUCCGAGAAUAUUCUUUUCGAUGAGGUAACUGGCCUUCCUCAUGCUCCUAGUGUCGGUCGUUUGCAGAUUGAGCGGACGGGACGACUUGUGUUGCGUCAGGAGUCUCUAAAUGUUUCUUCGUUCUUAUGGUCCGGGGGGAGCAUUGAGGGUCAGGGAGACAUCAACUGCACAGAGACCGCUAUCAUCACCUCCCAGUCUGGCAAACUUUGUACUCUUUCAUUUAUAUUACGUAACUACGGUGAAAUGGUGAUUGAUGUCCCGCAGCUGUUCUUGGAAGGCGAGGGAGCCCUCCAUAACUACGGGAACCUCACCAUUACUUUGGCUCGUACGGGAACAGAGGGGGUUGGCAGUAUUCGAUCUCGAAGUCAUAGCAAUGCAAUCAUCAAUCGGGGUGGCACUAUUCGUGUCAUCACCGUGGACCAGGGAAAUGCUGUGUUGUGCCAGACACGUAUAAUAAACACAAGGGGAACACUUGUACUCUCUGGGAAUUUGAAAAUAACGGACAUGAUAAAUGAAGAAAAGGCGCAAUUAGUUCUUGAAAGUGGAGCUCGAGUCUCUGCAUCAGAUGCGAGGCUCGGAGGCCGGAUUGCGCUGCUAGAAAAUUCGGAGCUGAAACUUAUAGAGGACGGCGCGUUUGUUUCAGCCACCAUAAAAGGAAAUCGAAGUCGUAUUAUUAUUACAGGGGAAUCCUUGUUGCUUGAUUCAAUUAAUGUUACGGGCGAUGUUGCAACGGACAUUGUUGGCGGGUUAGCCGAUCCUUCAGGCAUGUUGAUUGCAAUUUAUGGUGUGAAUUAUUUUGGCGAAGGGACUCAUCUUAAUCUUUGUAGGACACGUUUCGUAGCGAACGCAGGUCUGGUGCAACUCGUCAUUGAGGGGGUUCUCACUGCAGAAGUUCAUUCAGUGGUUUUCUCCGGUAACGUGUGGAUUCAGGAUAACAACAUUGUAAUCAUCUACGGAAAGGGUAGUAGAUAUAUUGUAAGCAAAAGGGAGGAAUAUUCUUUGGUGUCUCUUGCUGUUCGUGAGAACGCCACUCUUGUGGCGUUAGAUGUUGUGUCGUCACAUGAUGUUCAUAUCAAAUGUGCCACGCUGCUGUCGUUUUUUGACUACUUUAAGAUUGAUGGUCGUUUCUUACUGCGAGGUUGCGUGACAGUUCCUCUUGGAGGUAUAAUUGGGGGAUCCGUGAGGCAUUUGAAACUCCCUGAGGACGCGGCAGUGCUCUUGCCGUGUCUUGCUGCCGCCGACAUACGCUUGCCAUUGGACGCAAUUCCACCGCAAAGAGCGAGUCUCAUUUUGGGUGGUGAAACGCUACUCCGCAAUGGGGCGGAACUUGCAUUGGAAGAAAUCAUCAUGAGGAACGCGGUCCUUACUGGAGAAGGUGCUGUUUAUGUGGGAGCGGCAUCUAUUCUUUCGAUUGACCGCGGCUCAAGAAUUUCCUUGCGGCGUGAAUGGGUACUUAACGCCUCAUUGACCUACGUGGAAGGGCUUUUGGAGGCGGACAUGUCACUCGGACCGAUGAUCAGUGGCUCUCUUGACGUCACAGGCGACGGCCAGGUGAAGUUGUACUCUGUUCAGACAUCACCGUGUUUCACUGCACCCUAUGCAAGUGGUGGUGUGCGAUGGGCAAGCAAUCCACGUGUCGAGUGUUAUCCCUUCCCGCUGCUGUCAUUGCCAGAUUCUUCCACUAAAGCAUUGGAACGUGAGGAAAUGGACAGGAAUCGACUAUUGUUUGCUCUUCCGCCAAAUAUUGAAUGUUCGGAAGAGUUUUUACGUGAAGAGGCUCAAGGACGGAUGAUGCUUCAGUAUUUUUUUGAUAUGGCACCCUUUGAUCCGCCACCGGGCGUACCAACGGUGCGCGAUAUGAUUGUUUCGUGGACACUGUUUGUUUUAUUGGGUUUUACGAUGCUUUACGCGUUUAUGAAAUUCAAUGGACUCUCAUGGAAACAAUGGUCUGCAGAAAUUGAAAAGGAGCCUCCCCUGCGGCUUACGCUCUCACGGUCAGAGUUUGCAUUGCACACGAUGAACUACGUCGUCCUUGCUCUUCUGGUGUUCAAUACAUUACAGACAUCGAUGGCGUCGAUCCACCCGGAAUUGUUUGUACCAGUUGGUUUUAUGUCAUCAUUACGCCUUCGCAGUAUGCAUCUGCUUAUGCCCCAUCAUCGGGCCAACUCUCAUGUUACGAUGCGAUUGACGAUGAUGGUCAUUUUUUUGUGGGGGUUCAUUGAGAUUUUUUUGGCAGUCAUGAAUCGAAAAGAUCUUCGUCGAGCGCUUCGUGGAACGCGGACAAACGCAAUUUUAAGACUCAUUUCGAGUUUGAACUACGCAUUGAAAUUCUUCUUUUUUGUAUUUUCUCUCCCCAUCCGGUCCCUCAUCAUUGACUCGCUCGCGUGCAAUACAUUUCUGAGUGAACUUCCUACAUGCGCAGAGGCCCGUGGAAACUUGGUUAUGUCGCUCUUCUCCUUCUUGGUGCUUUGUUUUAUGGUACCACUGGGUGGCUUUUUGUUCAUCACACCCCUAAAAUGUGAUAUACAUUGUAGGGGAUCGGUGUUGGUGGCUAUGAACGCAUUAUCACUGGCUAAGAUAGCCAUGUGGAAAGUAUUUUACCAUGAUUCCGUAUUGCUGAUUAUCAAUAACCUUCUAUUUCAAACUGUUCGGGUGCUUUAUUUUCUCCACUCCACCCCCACAGCCUACGGGAAUAUCAACAGGCUUGUGAUUCAUUUAUCAUUUCUGCCGUUUUUUUCGCAUAUGUGCACUCUAUUGCACGUGAUUCGUGUGUAUUUGGGAUUUGUCAGGACAUGCCAUGAUGGGGAGACAUAUUUCGCCGUUGUGGUCUUUCUUUGGAUGGCCAUGCUCGUUGGUAUGCUUUGGUAUGAUAUCAUUGGCGCAAAGGAUGAAUCCGUGACGACAAACAACGCAGCAAUUGACGCGAUACAACGCUCGAUUCAACAAAUUCAAAGCCGAAUACAGGAGUUACAAUAUGAGUUUUUGGCAUGUGCCUCCAUAGAGGAAAAAGAAAAUGUAUUGAACGCCGUUGCCCGCCUUCGCAUUGAGUUGCUGGAGAACCAGAAACGAUAUCGCUACGAGAAGUAUUGUCAUCUUGCCGUUUUUUAUGUUACUGGGCCCAUUGAGGAAUCAAGUUCUCUGAAAUUGCCUCUUGCCGAAGCAUCAAAAAAUCAUUGUGAUGGUCUAAAUGUGGAGGCAAUUCUGGCGUCACGUUUAUCACCAUUAUCUCCAGUAACAAUUGGCGAUGCAAAUGACAGCGAAAAUGGUCCACUGACGCAAGAGGAGAUGGAGAAUUUUAGUUGUGGGCCUGCUCUCGGUUCGGGAAGCUAUGGCACCGUCCACUUGGGUAUUCUUAAAUCUGGGAGGCUUGUGGCGGUCAAGUAUCUCAGCAUUCAGAACUCCGUUAAGGAUGCCCUUUCCCAGGUGCAGAAGGAGGUGGGUGUGCUGAAGAAACUUUCUCAUCCCAAUAUUAUCCGUUAUUUUGGAUGCUGCACGGAUAAUGAUUAUAUUUUACUGUUCAUGGAGUUUGCUGUGGCGGGGAGCUUGACGUCCAUUGUGAGAAAUUUUACCGGGUUGAAUGAGUCUGUCAUUCAAUUCUACACGUAUCAGAUGCUGCUUGGGCUUCGCUACCUGCACCAGAAAGGGGUGGUGCACAGAGAUAUUAAGGGUGAAAAUAUUCUCGUGGACGGAUUUGGGGCUGUCAAGUUGGCAGAUUUUGGCUCCUCUAAAAUUCUGCCUGGUAUAAGUGAUCGCAGCCGGGCGGGGUGUGAGACGCUUAUUGGAUCUCCAUUUUGGAUGGCCCCGGAGGUCAUACGCAACGAGCCAUACGGGACGAAGACUGACAUAUGGUCUGUUGGCUGCACGGUUGUAGAGAUGCUCAAUGGCGGAACACCGCCGUGGCAGGAGGAAUUUGAAAAUGUGUACUCGUUGAUGUAUUACGUGGGAACUACCGACAGCAUUCCGAAAAUACCGGAGGACACGUCGGAGUCUUGUCGCGACUUUCUGAGAAUGUGUUUUCAGCGGGACACAACGAAGCGGCCAUCGUCCGAUGAGCUUCUUCAGCAUCCCUGGCUGCGUGACGCGGGGAAUCAUUCAGGACUGCUACAGAAGAAACUUCCAAUACGUUAG